UGAUCUUCAGCUCUUCACCUCCUUAUCUAUUUAUAUAUAUAGAGAGAAAUAUGCAUGCCAAAUACCACCUCGCAUGUGACCAACUGAGCAUUAUUUAACACAACCCAUUACCCAUGGACUGGUUCUCCUGGUUGUCCAAGACUGCCCUGGAGCCUUCACUAGUCUACGAAUAUGGCCUCGCUCUGGCUCGCAACGAGCUCCAAUUGGAGGAUGUAAGCUACUUCAACCAUGAGUUUCUUCAGAGCAUGGGCAUCUCCGUGGCCAAACACAGGCUAGAGAUUCUCAAGCUUGCCAGGAAGGAGAACAGGGGAGGCCCAGGAAACCUCACCGGCCUCAUCGUGGCAAUCAACAAAACCAGGAAGUGCUUCAACAAGUAUAUUGCCAAGUGGGUUUUCCGCGACGACAUAGCAUUUAAGGCGGCGCCGCCGCAUCCGUUGCAUUUGAGAGGAGCAUUGUUGAGGAGGUACAGGAGCGAGGAGAGUAAUGAAGAGAGGGUGCCAGUGCCCAAGAAGAGGAGCAUAACUCUCUCAGGACCUCUUGAUGGAAGGGUAAGAGAGAAGGUUAUGGUCAAUACCAGAAGCUUGAAACUGUCUGGGCCUCUGGAUGGGAAGCUGCAUGAAAAGGCAAUAUACACAGCUAGAAGCCCAAGAUUUUCUGGGCCUCUGUAUGCAGCCAAGAGCCCAAAAUUAGUUGGGCCCAUAGACGGAUGGCCCCCAGAAAGAUUGAUGGUAACAACUAAGAGCCCAAGGCUACAGGAGAGGUUGAUGGUGACAAGUAGGAGUCCAGGGACAGCCGGAUCUUUGGAUGGAAAAGUUGCAGCACCAGUGGUUUACAGUCAUUAUAAUAACCAGGAAAAGGAGGAUGUUGAUCAUUACGAUGAUCAUUCACUGUGGGCUACACUGUUUCAUGAUAUGAAACCCACUUGAAUUUUGUGCUUUUCUUGGUAUUAUUCCUAACUGUUCUUUCUUUCAUCAGAGGAACACAAUUUGUAUUGCUUUUGAGGCUCGCAUGUGUGUGUGAUAUAUAUAUAUAUAUAUGUCUAUAGACUAUAGUGCACCAAUAAUGGCAUUUUUACGACACAAGAACACCAUCGACAAUAGUGGUUUAUUGCGUGGAUUUUCAAAUUGUAGCAGUUUUCUCUGCAUUAAUUUCUGGUUUGUGCUUGGAUUCUGUGUUUGUGGAUCUUUCCUUCAUAAUUAAGUUUGUGAAUUGGUUUCUAACUUAUUUGUGCGUUUAAUGAAGAAACUUGUUACAUGUAC